AUGCCAUCGAUACUUCGCACAGCUUUACUCGGCAUCACGGUCGCUGCCGCUGCCGUCAGCGCCGCCACCACUACCUCGGCCACAUCCGCCGCCGUCCCGUCCGCCAGCACCACCUCUUCCUCAAGCUCAAAGCCAUGCAACAACUCGCCGACGCUCUGUGGCCGCCACUACAACAACAUCACGCACAUGGGCGCCCACGACAGCGCCUUCCUGCGCGACGCUAGCACCGGUAACUCCGUCUCUGGCAACCAAUUCCUUAAUGCCACUAUCGCCCUUAACGCAGGCCUGCGCUUCCUCCAAGCCCAGGUCCACAACAAGAACGGCACCUUGCACCUUUGUCACUCGGACUGCAGCCUGCUUGACGCCGGGCCCUUGGCAGACUGGCUGCGGCUGAUUGCCGGCUGGAUGAAUUCGAAUACAAACGAUGUCGUCACCAUCCUUCUGGUGAACUCGGACAAGUCGUCAGCUGCGGAACUUGGCCCCGCGUUUGCGUCGGCCGGUCUCGAUAAGCUGGGCUACACGCCGCCGGCAACGUCGGCGACAGGCGACUGGCCGACGCUGCAGAAGAUGAUUGACGCCGGCACCCGGCUGGUUGCGUUCGCUACGGACUUUGACUACGCCACUUCCGUGCCCUACCUGUUGCCCGAGUUUGACUUCAUGUUCGAGACGCCGUAUCAGGUGACUGAGCCCGUGGGCUUCAACUGCACCCUCGACCGCCCAAGCACCGCCAAGCUCAACAAGUCGCCGACAACCGCCAUUUCGCUCAACUACCUCAGCCUCGUCAACCACUUCCAAUACAAGGACCUGGGGUUCGCUGGCAUCCAGAUCCCGGACGUCGACUCCAUCAACGUCACCAACAGCCCGAACACGGCCACCGCGGGGAACAUCGGCCGCCACCUGCAGCAGUGCACCUCGGAAUGGGGCACGCGGCCCAACUUUUUGCUCGUUGAUUUCUGGAACAUGGAGGACCCUAUUACGGCGGUCGACAGGGCGAAUGGUCUCAGUGACAUUACGGGCCGGGCGUCGGUGAGUGACAAGGCCGCCUCGUCCUCGUCGGAUGCUUCUUUUGGUUACCACGGUCCUCGAGUUUCCCGAACUUUCCUCAGAAUGGACUAUGCAUCGAUUGAAACGCCGGCUGCUUGCUAUGCCGACUUUUGCCUGAUUCCUGUCGGCACGGGAAAAAUCUCCGUCGCUGAGGAGGUCGCAGAGGUGCAGCGCGUCCUCAAGGCCAGCGGGCUCAAGUACACGAUGCACUCUGCCGGCACCACCGUCGAAGGAGCCUGGGACGAGGUCAUGACCGUCAUCGGCAAGGCGCAUACUGUCGUCCACCGGCGCGACGUUUUGCGCGUGCAGUCGUCGAUGCGUGUCGGGUCAAGGACGGACAAGAAGCAAACAGCAGAGGACAAGGUAAAGCGCGUCAAUGACAUUCUAGCCAGUGAUGCCUAG